AAAAAAAUUAAAGCAUCUGUCAUUUUCAUUUCUAGAUCACGUGACCUUGGCAUCCGCUGUAAUGGAUAAAGAUGGAUUACCACGUCAUCUUACGUCUCAAAAUUUCUUCCUCUCGGAUAGCCCCCAAAGCGGGUAGGAGACACGCGCUCAUGAGAGCUAUGUUGUGGGCGUUGCGUAUAGAUCUUACAAGCCCAAGCUAGAAGCUGCACGGGUUUAAUGAUGGAUUUUGACGAGAGGGUUUCCGUUGGCUCAAACAUGUAUCUGCCUAGCUGCACGUAUUACGUUCCGGGGGCUGAUUUCUCCACGUUGCCAUCUUUCCUAUCCCAGAGUCCAUCUUCUCGUCCCGUCCCCUAUUCGUACUCCUCAAACCUGCCUCAGGUACAGCAUGUAAGGGAGGUUACAUUCCGGGACUAUGCUAUUGAGGCGUCAGGUAAAUGGCCUCACCGAGGUCCACUGGCUCAGUGUUAUCCGUCGGAGGAUAUAGUACACAGGGAGUGUUUACCAGCGCGGACGAGCGCUGGCGAAAUGUUCCCCAAGAACAGCUCAUCUGCCUAUUAUCACUCUGCAUCGACCUCGACCUCCGCGUCCUGCUUCUACGGCGGUGUUGGUAGAAACAGGGUGCUGCCUCAAGCUUUUGACCAAUUUUUCGACAAUGCGUAUGGGGGCUCGGACAGCACAGUGAACAGCGGCUAUGCUGCGAGAGAUAAACAGCACUACAGCAAGCACCCAACGCCAGCGCCCGCACCCGAGCAGGAGUCUCAAGGAAAGGAGCGACAGGAGACCAGUACUCCCGAAUCUUCUUCCGGCAACAAUGAAGAAAAGACUAGCGGUGCGAGCAGUGGACCCAGGGUUCGCAAGAAGAGAUGCCCGUAUACAAAAUUUCAAAUUCGAGAGCUCGAGAGGGAGUUCUUCUUUAGCGUCUACAUCAACAAAGAGAAACGACUUCAGCUCUCACGGAUGCUUAACCUCACCGAUCGCCAAGUGAAAAUUUGGUUCCAGAACCGGCGCAUGAAGGAAAAGAAACUUAAUCGGGACCGAUUACAAUACUAUACGAACCCUCUGCUCUAGGACGAGUAAAUGACUUGUACAACAGCUGCAAUAAUGAUAUCAACAAUGAGACGUUACAGAUUCUCAGCGGUUAAUUUCAAGUUCGUGACAAAGCACCAUUCACCUUAACUUGAUUGCAAUUACUGAGAGCAUAGAACAUUUAAGUUUGCAUCAUUUAAUGGGUUGUU